AUCAGAGGGGGAACACGAGCUGAGCCAUUCGUUCGCUGACGCUGUCGUGUCGGGUGAUCUUGUGCUCUAGAAACAUAGCCUCCGCAAGACAAAAGUUUCGACCUUUUGGGUUCUCGUAUCGAGAAGUGAGAGAGGAGGGGGAUGGGCUGCACGAACACGGGUUCCGCUCUGAUCCACCAUUUCCACUUGACAAGUCGCACUUUAGAACAUCUGAGUUCGGCAAGAAUCCGGCCGAACGCCGUAAAUUUCGGGCGCUCGAGGCGGGGAGCUGGGUUGCGAUUCUAUACGACGCGAAGUAGGAACAGAGGUUUUGGCAGGCCGGUCCAUCUCGCAGCUAUGGAUGAUGAUUCCAGGGAUUCACCACCGGAAACGAGCACUGCACCUACCGGUGGAGGUGGUGCAGUUAGCUCUGUUGUACAAGACAGACCCGGUGUGGCAGAUGCAUCUACUGAGGAGCCAUUUGAAAACUUUGAGCAAGAUGAUCGAGCAAGCUCGCUGUAUGGGUUUCUGUAUCCCAGUAAGGAGGAGCUCCCUGAUGACAAAGAAAUGAGUAUAUUCGACCAUCUUGAGGAGCUCCGGCAGAGGAUAUUCGUGUCGGUUUUGGCCGUGGGAGCUGCAAUCUUGGGAUGCUUUGCGUUCUCAAAAGAACUAAUUCUGUUUCUUGAAGCUCCUGUUAAAGCUCAAGGUGUCCGAUUUUUACAGCUGGCUCCCGGAGAGUUUUUCUUCACGACUUUGAAGGUCUCGGGUUAUUGUGGACUUCUGCUGGGGAGCCCAGUCAUUCUGUAUGAGAUCAUAGCUUUUGUCCUUCCAGGCCUGACGCGAGCUGAGAGGAGAUUUCUGGGGCCAAUUGUAUUUGGUUCCUCGGUGUUGUUUUAUGCAGGGAUUAUGUUUUCCUACUGGGUUUUAACCCCUGCAGCCUUGAAUUUCUUUGUGAGCUAUGCAGAAGGGGUCGUAGAAUCUCUGUGGUCUAUCGACCAAUACUUUGAGUUUGUACUAGUGCUGAUGUUCAGCACCGGCCUGUCUUUCCAGGUUCCAGUAAUUCAGUUGCUCCUGGGACAAGUGGGCCUAGUAACAGGAGACCAGAUGCUGUCAAUUUGGAGAUAUGUGGUGGUGGGUGCGGUUGUUGCUGCCGCCAUACUCACUCCAUCAACAGACCCUCUCACGCAGGUACUCCUAGCAACCCCACUUCUCGGACUCUACUUAGGUGGCGCAUGGAUGGUCAAGCUCACUGGUCGGUGAGGAAACUGCUAGCUCCAAGUCCUUAUGUAGAUCGUGAACAAUGGUCAUUAUGAUUGUAGAGUAUUCACGUUGUAUUCCAGUGACCAUAAGAAAAGCUCAUAUUCUCUAAAGGAAUUUAAUGUUUCCCUGAAAGGAAUUGGUGGA